AUGGCAUUUUUCGGUGGCCCUGUUCUGGGACCUCCAGUAGUUCUUUUCGUGUGUGAUGAUGGUCAGGCUCUAGCCUACGAAUAUGUCCUGGCUCGAAUAGACCGGUCUAUAAUGACCGAUCUACUGCUCGCUGACCAAGCUCUACAUGAACAUACAGCCAUCAUGUCUGACAACACUCAGCUUCAAGAAGUAAAGAAACAACUUGAAGAAGCGAAAUUCGAGUACCCGAGAAAAGAGUACUCCCUUUACCGAGCAGAGUCUAUGCUUGGACCAAGUAUCAAAAGUCUUUAUGAUACAACCGAGGCGGAUGCUGUAGCCGACAAUGUGGAUGCUGCGCACAGAGACAUCUAUCCGAAAGACAGAAAGGCAGAGGUCACUGCACUUUAG